AUGUUUGGAGCAGAAAAUCCGUUGGAGGGCUCUUUGUCCUCAAAGCAGCUCAACUACAUCAGAGACACCUUUGCAGCUGUUUCCAGCAUAUCUGGUCACAUCAACAGAGAUCAGUUUGAAGAGGUGUUUCUGAAGCUGGAACUCAAACCCACCCUUGAACAGAUCGAUGAGUUGUGGCAAAGUAUGGACACGACGAAUUGUGGGCAGGUGGACAUCAAGGACUUCACCAGAGUCUGCGGAGAACUUUUGAUCGCUACGACAUUCCCAAGAGAGGGGAUUGCCAGCUCCAACUCAACAGAAAUGGCAGAUUUCAAGAGAAUUUUCGGCACUCAGAUUCCUCCUUGGCUGGAAAACGAUGGCUGGCCUCUACAGUCCGAGUCCUUGGGGACGCAACUUCGGAUCAACUGCUUGCAGACUCGGCUAUCAGGGACUGGGGAGCUUUUCAGAAUGCUGAUUGAGAAAAUCAGCCACCUGGAGGUUUGUAGGAGCAGCCUGACUCACGAGGUAGAGGCAUUGAAACCCUGUCAGGAGAAGCUGGUGGAGUUCCUCUGCUCCCUCGUCGCUCACCUGAUCUCCAGGCUGAAGAAGGAGCAGGACAAGACCAAGUCCCUGCAGCGCGAGAACGAGUCGUUGACUCGGGACCUGAGUGUGCUAAGGAGGAUGGUCAUAGAACUUGGCGGAGACGAGUCCUCGCUGCCUGCGAAGCGUUCGGCUUUCACAAAGGAGCAGGAGCACAUCUUGCACGAGCUGCAAGAGCAGUGUCGCACCCUGACGUUGUCUAACCCACGUGCCGACACCCAUUGUCGCCCCCCUGACGUCGCUCGUGUAAAGGUUCGAGAGUUGUCAAUGCCGGACGAGAGGUACUGCAGGCUUGAGGAGUGCGUAGAGCAGUUGACUCGCACCAAUGCCGAGCUGAUCGAGAAGUGCGAGGCCUCUGAGUCUCUCCUGCAGUCCGUCCUGCAGGUUUUCGCCCCCUCCUCCUCUCCUCCCUUUGACGCAGGUCACCCGGAAGACGCAGUGACGAUGGGUCAGCUCGAGUGCAGCCGCAUCCAACAUGCGCAGAUUCUCUCCAGCAAGAUCAGUCAAGAGCUUGCAAGUCGCCUCGACCUCGCUGCUGUGCUGCUUUCCGCCAAGUUCGGUCCUGUUGAAGGAAGUGCUGCGGGGGAUGUCGAGCGGCAGCAGGACGAAGAGGAGGAGGCGGAGAGUGCCAACGGGGGGGGAGGGGCCGAGAGGGUCCAAAAGAGUUUGCAGAGGUUCGACGAGGGUGCGGAGAGCUGGCUGGCAGCUCACCAGCAGCUGGGGGAGGAGGAGGAGGUGAAGAAGGCCAGGGCACUCCGAGACAAAAUCAGCCUUGUGGGCGAAGUGCUGGAUGCAAGGAGCGCACUAGAGGGUUAUCUUUACUCCCUGCGUGUCGCUGAGAGGAACGUGGAAAAUCUUGCGGAUGCCAACAGUCAGAUCAUGCGGCAACUUCUGCUCCAUAUGCUCAACAAGAAGUCAGUGGAUAUGUCGAGAUGUUCGAGCCUGACAGUCAGCGCAGGGAGGCCAAGGAAAGCUCGAGAGAACGAAGGGGGGGUCAGGGGGUCAGGGGAGGUGAGGAGGUGGGCAGUGAAGAUGCGAGGUAGGAUGAAGUGGUGGAAGGAGAAAAAGAGAAUGAAAGAGCAGGAGGACCAGGACCAGGACCAGGACCAGGACCAGGACCAGGACCAGGACAAGGAGCAGGAGGAGCAGGAGCAGGAGCAGGAGCAGGAGCAGGAGCAGGCAGGAGCAGGAGGCGGAGCAGCAGGAGCCGCAGGAGCAGGAGAACGAGGAGGAAGGAGAGGAGAAAAGGGAGGAGGUUCAGAAGCUUAUACGGUAGCAAGAGAACAAGCAGAGCUCUACAACUCUCUUCUUACUCCUAAAGUGGGCCCGGGUUCCAGCACUCAGAAGAUGCCCCUGGCUUCGGUAAGAUUCCUCGCUGCGCAAGACAGUACCGUCCUUGGGGCAGAACUUUACACGAAGCACUCCUCCUCCUACUACUACGAGCCUCCUACUACUCUCCUGAUCGCCUUCGAGAAGCUUAUGAAGCGAGCCAAUGCAAUCACUGAAGACAUGAUCCGAGAGGACGAGGGCGAGGACGAGGACGAGGGCGAGGGCGAGGACGAGGGCGAGGACGAGGACGAGGGCGAGGGCGAGGACGAGGACGAGGGCGAGGACGAGGGCGAGGGCGAGGGCGAGGACGAGGGCGAGGACGAGGACGAGGGCGAGGGCGAGGACGAGGGCGAGGGCGAGGACGAGGACGAGGAGGAGAGGACGAGGACAAGGACAAGGACGCUUCAGGGGUGA